UUUCGAUUUGACUGUCGUACCCUAUUACAAGUAAGUAAUAUUAGCAAUGAGCACAACAAGCAUAGCAACCGUGCUCGUGCAAGGGGCCAGUCGUGGAAUUGGCUUGCAGUUCUGUAGGACACUAUUGUCCAGGCAACCAAAUACAUGCGUGAUAGCCACGUGCAGAAACCCCAACCAGGCAGAUGACUUACAGAGGCUGCUAGAAGACGAACCAGAACGCCUGCAGGUGCUUCAGGUUGAUGUCACUGAAGAGGCGAAAAUAAAGGCUGCAGCAGAAGAAGUUGGUAAGCGGCACGGGCGUCUGGACCUCCUCAUCAACUGUGCUGGUGUUCUCCACCCAAGUGGCCGCGGGGAAACCAGUCUCCGGGAUGUCAAUAUGCAGGGAUUGACGGAGACAUGCAGAACAAACGCCUUUGGCCUUCUUCUGAUGGGCAAACAUUUUGGCCAGCUACUGACCAAAGGAACUGCCAUGUUUGGAACACACCAGCCAGACUCCAAGCGAACACACUCCGGCAUUAUGGCAAACAUAUCUGCCAAAGUUGGAUCAAUCACUGACAAUGGUCUUGGUGGUUGGUACAGCUACCGGAUGUCGAAAGCUGCUCUCAACAUGGCCACAAAGAAUCUCAGUAUCGAGCUGGGACGGGGCCGGACCCCGGUCAUCUGUGUUGCCCUGCAUCCCGGCACAGUAGACACUGACCUCUCCCGACCUUACCAUAAAAAUGUCAAGAACCUUUUCACCACAGAAGAUAGUGUGAAGAAACUGUUAACUGUGAUAGAUAGCUUGACUGUUGAUGACACAGGAAAGUUUUUUACUUACAACAAGGAAUUGUUACCAUUUUGAUAACACUAUUCACUAUUAUUGUUAUUAGAUGAAGCCAUUUUCUAGAAAUGGAUCUCAAAUGGACUCACUCAUGCUUUGUAAAAUGCACUUUUUUAUGACAAAAUAAAGCGUGGCUUAUCA